UUUUCAAGGAAAAAAUUACCCCCUCCCUUCUACAUGGAACCCUUGAUGUCUCCUGGUACCAAUGAAAUCGAUCGUAAACAGAAAAUAAACGGAAACUUGUACUAUGCUCUCAUGAAAGGAAACAAGAAGAGAGUUGCAGAACUCCGCCAAAAAAUUCAAGAUCAUGCAUUGCACGUAAUAACAGUAAACGACGAUACAGUACUUCACAUGGCUACAUAUGCCAAAGAAGCAUCUCUAGUAGAAAAUUUACUAGAUGAGUUGCCUAGCCAUCAUCUCGACAAGUUGACUCGCCAAAAUGGUGUAGGAAAGACAAUCCUCCAUGAGACUGCCACAAGCAACCAUACUGUUGCUAUUGCAGAUAAACUUCUGAAGAGAGCCCCCGGAUUGUUAGGCAUGCGCAACCACAAUGGGGAGACGGCUCUCUUUCGUGCGGUCCGGUAUGGAAAAACCGAAAUGUUCAACUUUCUAGCUGCUAAAGUCUCUGGAUAUGAUGAAUCUGGUUUGCAAUUCUAUGUACGGAGAAGUGAUAAAACCACUAUCCUUCACAUAGCCAUUCUUUCUCUGCAUUUUGAUUUGGCAUACCGAAUUGCGUUGGACUAUUCGCAUUUAAUUGGCCAAAAAGAUGCCGAUGGUAUGACUGGUCUUCAGCUUUUAUCAUGCAACCCAUCAGCUUUUAAACUAGAGCCUCAAGAAGGAUUCAUUAAUUUAGCAAAAUCAUAUGGAAGUUCAGUAUGGAGAGAAAAGGUUCAAAAGCAAAAACAACUGCAUAGAUCAGCUGUGGAGCUUGCGAAGUUUUUAGUCAGAAAGAUACCUCCUGGGAGCUUACGUAUUCUAGCAUCGACCAGAGCAAGCCUAAAAUCCACAAGUACGGAGAAAAGGGAGGCAAAGAACGGCAAGAAGUACAUUUGUCUAAUAAAAUUCUUGACAAAGAAGAGAGUCUUGGAGAAACUCCUCUGAUUUUGGCUACAAAGUCAGGCUGUGUGGAGAUUGUUGAAGAAAUACUCAAGCUAUAUCCCCAGGCAGUCGAACACAUUGAUGAUGAAGGGCGCAAUGUAUUGCAUGUAGCAAUCAAAUACCGCCAAAGGAAGAUUUUCGAGCUUGUGAAAGGAAUGGACGUGCCUAUGAGGAGGCUGGCAAGGAAGAUUGAUAGUGAUGGGAAUUCCAUUCUACACACCGUCGGAAGGAAAAGAAAGGACUUCGUAUCUGAUGAGAAGA